AUGUCUGCCCCAGAUUUCAAGCCCAUUGACUAUGACGAGAAACAGCAACUGGGGUCUACAGAUCGUAGACAAUCCCUCGAGAACGGAGUUGGCGAGAUCAUACACACAGUCAAUGCUUCUGGCCAUCGAGAUCAACUACAACGGCACUACGGUCCAUUGCAAAUCUGUGGCCUGGCUUUGAAUAUCGACUCUGCCUGGGUUGCCUUUGCUGGCUCUUUGAUCCUCUCUCUUCCUAACGGUGGCCCUGCUGGUGUGUUGUACGAGUUGAUCACUGCAUGCAUCUACUACGGUAUCAUUGCAGCAUCCAUCGCUGAGCUUGCUUCGGCCGUACCCACUGCCGGUGGUGUAUAUCACUGGGCAUCUGUGACUGCAGGUCCCAAAUGGGGCAGAAGUGUUGGGUUCUUCGCAGGAUACCUCAACUUCUUCGGGUGGAUAUUCGAUCUCUGCUCAAUCAUCGCCAUCCCUUCGAACGUCCUCCUGCAAAUGUAUGCACUGUUCCACCCCGACUUCGUGCUCGAGGCAUGGCACACAUAUUUAACCUACGUCCUCAUCACAUGGUUCUGUGUCCUGUUCUGCAUCUUUGGCAAUCGUUUCCUGCCGCUUCUACAAAACGUCGGACUAUUCUUGCUCAUCGUCGGUGGUGUUGUCACGAUUAUUGUCCUUGCUGCUAUGCCGAGAACACAUGCUAGCAGCUCCUUUGUCUGGUCCGACUGGCAGAACACCACUGGUUGGGGUGGUGGCGUAGCCUUCUUGACCGGUGUCUUGAAUGGCUCAUUCACGAUCGCUACAGUCGACAGUGUGUCCCAUAUGGCAGAGGAGCUUCCGAAUCCUCGUCGCGAUAUCCCUCGAGCAAUCUUUGCCCAGGUUUCUCUUGGAGCCAUUACUGCAUUCUUCUAUGCUAUAGCGCUCUUCUACGCUGUCAGCGACCUGGACGAAGUCAUCAAUACCUCUGGCUCCUUCCCUGUUGCUGUUAUCUAUCACCAAGCAACCGGAAACGCCGGUGGUGCUUUCUGUUUGCUGCUUAUCGUCUUUCUGAUCAUCAUGAUCUGCGCGAUCUCGACCGUACUUUCCCUCGGUCGCACCUGGUGGGCCCUUGCCCGUGAUCAAGCUACACCUUUUGGAGGCUUCUUCUCUUCUGUCAACGAGCAACUCUCCUGCCCUAUACCCGCCACCAUCCUGGUCGGCAUACUCGUCACAGGUCUCGGCGCCAUCAUCCUAGCUUCCGGCACAGCUUUCAACGAUCUGGUCGGCUCCUUCAUCGUUCUAUGUGCAUUCAGCUAUUUCCUCGCCAUCUUCCCCCACCUGAUCAGCGGCCGCAAACACACCCCCAGAGGUGACUUCUGGAUGGGCAAGUAUGGCUAUGUGGUCAAUGCUCUUGGCUGCGUUUUGAUUGUGUUUUUCAACAUCAUGUUCUGCUUCCCUUACGCAAUGCCGGUUUCGGCAGACCUGAUGAAUUACAAUUCGGUUAUUCUGGUGGGUGUACUGAUUAUCGUUGCUGUUUGGUGGCUUGUGUAUGGAUUGAAACAUUAUCCUGCUCCUAAGGUGCUUACUGAAGCGAUGAAAUGA